AUGUGCAGCUACGUCAAUCACAUUCUCGUUCCUUACCUCAAUCGCAUGAAGGAAGAGCUCGGACUUUCACCAGACCACGAGUGUAUCCUGGAGCUUGACGUUUGGUCAGUGCACCGGAGCAAGCAGUUUCGUACAUGGAUGAAGACUACUCAUCCUUGGAUCAUCCUCGACUUCGUUCCUGGUGGCUGUACUGAAAUUUGGCAACCAUGCGACGUUGGUAUACAGCGCCUGAUGAAGCUCUCGAUCCGGCAUGCGCAGCACGAAGACCUUGUUGCAGAAGUCCAGCACAAGCUGCGCACUGGCGUCUCCCCAGCAGAUCUGCACAUUGAUGACACCCUCGGUACGCUGCGCAACCGCAGUGUUCAGUGGCUCGUCAAUGCUUAUCACACAAUAAAUGACAAAGUUAUUGUAGAGAAGGUGCGCUCUUUCCCCUCCGCAUUUAGGCUUGGCUCACAAGUUGUCCUGUAG